GUACUAAAUGCUCUUGAUGCCCAAGCUUCUUCCAUCAAAGUAAGCAUCAACUACCAGCUCUUCAAGAUUCAAGUUGAGGACAAUGGACAUGGUAUAUCCAAACAUGGUCUCAAGCUGCUGGGAGACAGACACGUGACCAGCAAGAGGAAAUUAUCUGGGAAUGGCAAAGAUGGAAUUUUCUUCUAUGGUUCCCGUGGUCAGGCACUGGCUAGCCUGGUCGAGGUCUCUGGGUAUCUCGAGAUCCGAACACGGUGCAAUGUUGAUAAAAAACAGUUAUUGCAUAAACAUAAAAAGUCUACUCACGAGCUUGGUGUUGGAAACAUGGAACAUCGUCCAUCUCAGAAGGGGUCUGAAGGAAAUGCACUUUGUGAUGAUACAUUUUCUAAGCAGUCAAGCAAAGAACAAUGCUUGAAGAAGUUGUUAAACAAAAGAUCUGGGUCAAGCAUAGAUGACAGACUUGUUGACCAAGAAAAGCCAGAAAUAUGUCUUGAAGAUGGUGAUUCAUUGGAAAUAAUUUCCAAAAAAUUGCUACCAUUCAAAGAGAAAUUGAGUGUUGAUACCAAAGUCCCAUUUAAAAGGAACACACUUGUGAAAACAUUUCGUUGUGGCAAAAGUGAAGGGUUGACUUUUGCUGAGGAUGAAAAACAAAGUUCUGGCACUACAGUUACGAUCUAUGACUUCUUCUACUGUCUUCCUAUCAGGCGAAAAGUCAUGAGGGCGGUCAUCGAGCUGGAGAACCUCAAAACUUGGAUUGAAAGCAUUGCGCUGGUGCAUCCUCAAGUUUCGUUCUCAUUAAGAAAUGACAAUGGCAGUUGCAUUUGCAGGAUGUUGCAAGCAGCAAAAUGUGAUUCCACGUUAGAAAGAGUAAGACAACUCUACGGUAAUGAUCUUAGUACAAGUUUAAUCCAAGUUCAACAUGAGCUGGACGACGUGAAAGUGCGCGGUUUCAUCGGUAUUCAACCUUCACAAAGCAAAAAUUUUCAGUUCCUCUAUGUGAACAAACAGCUUCUACUAAGAACGCCACUGCAUAAAUUUAUGAAAAAACUUAUCGCACGUAGCAAUUUAAUCGAAGCUCGUAGUCAUGUGAUAAUAAAUUCUAAAAGUUCUCCUAAAGCUCACACUCCAAGCAGCCCCUCCAAAACUGCAAGUCUUCACGGCGUUUUUAUGCUGCAAAUAACAUAUCCUGUUGAACACUUUUCCAUAGCUAAGGAAAACUCUAGGACUUUCGUUGAAUUUCGAGAUCUAAACAAGGUGCUGAAUUGCUUGCAGCAAAUGUUUAUUCAGUUUUGCAAAAGUCAAGAUAUUACCACACAAUUACGUGAAGUAACUGCUUCCGACCCCAAGUUGAAAUCUGAAGAUGAGCUCGAUGAUAACGAGAAGCCCAUUGACGAUGAAGAAGUUGUACCGAUCGCUGAUGUAGUUAAACCGCCACUCUCUUCUAGAACUCAGGAUAAACUAAACGCUUUUCGCUGUAAACGAUCGUUGAGCGUCCCAACUUCAUCUGAGGAACCGAAGGCCAAGUACGGAAAGCUCGUGGGAGUCUGGGAUGUGCGCAGUAUUGUCCAAGGGUGUGUAGUUUCCCGACCUAAAAUCUGCUCCAAUGACAAUGCGGGUGCCUGCAGUAACUUUCCUAGCACUUCUGCUGCUUGCGGUAACUCUCCUAGCACUUCUGCUGCUUGCGGUAACCCUCCUAGCCCAUCUGCUGUCUGCGGUAACCCUCCUAGUCCAUCUGCUACGUGUGGUAACUCUCCCAGCUCUUGCGGCGCUCGUGAAGAUGAACCUGACUCUGAAUGUUCGUUUUCCGAUGAAGAAAACGAAUCUCCGUCCGUUUUAAAGGUUGAAAACAACUUGUCUUCAGCAGAGUUGAGAGAGAAUAAGGGAGAUCGAACCUCGAAGAAUCGUUGUUAUGGGAAGAGCAGUUCCUUGCUUGAAUUUAAGAACAUGCUGGCAGUCAAUGCCAUCCGAUCAAAAAACCACAGCGGUUUGAAAAAGAGCGACAGGAAAUCUGUUUCGUGCUUGUAUCGGAAUGACAAACUUCUCGGGAUAUCUGGCACUAAAUUUAAUAAGAAUCAGUCUUCAGACUCUGGGCUAUCUAUAGUCAAUAAGAAAAACAAUAGUAGGCCUGUUCACGAGCUGAGUAGCUCCUGUGAAUCAUCUUCGGAAGAAGAAGAAAGCAACCGAAAAGAACAAGAAAAGGCGUCCUGUGAGGUACGGGGCAACAAGAAGUAUGAGGAGGAGACCGAGAAAGCGAAGAACUCGUCUAUUCAGAAAUUCCGUGACUUAAUCACUCUCGGUAGUGAUGAAAAUGCCACGAAUGUAGACCACGCGUCUUGUAUUAUUGACAGAUCAACUUCAACGGAAAUUGCAUCGAAGGCUCCUUUGAAAGCCAUUAAAUUCAACUCAAUUGACAUCUCUAAUAAUUUGCCACGCAUCGCCGACUUCGAGUCAUCGAAUUCAAGAAAAAAUCUCAGCAUUUGUGACCCUAGGCAACCGGAUUCCGGGAUUAGUACGUCAUCCUUCAACAAGCUCGGCAUGACCUGCAAGAGAACGAGGAGUCCAUUGAAGUCCACUACUAGAAAACGUGCAAAGGUAAUAGACAUUCAGCUGCCGCUGAACAACAGCUCCUGUUCUUCAGUAGCUAAUUCGCUUCAUUUGAAACGUAAACAAGAAAAUAAACAACGAGAGACCAGCAUUUUUCUUUCCCAAUUCAGGCAUCCUAAUGAGUCGAAGAGGAAACCUUUGUCAACGCACGUUAGCUCUGGUCAAAACUUGGCAGAGGAAACUACGUCCGAUACAAAACUUUCCAAACUCGACAAUGAAACCUUUAAUUUUAAUCCUGUUAUUACUACUUUGGCUCCAGGUAUCAUCAAAAGACCUGCUGAAAAUCAGGAUGGAGCAUCAUCUAGUAGUGACCGGCUCGGGUCAAGAGAUACAAUGCUCGCUAAUAAAAUCCCUUCAGCAGCGUCGGCAUCAUUAUUCAUUUUAGAAAAUAAUUGCCGAGACUGUCUUUCUCACGAUAUUCAGCGUAAUUCAGUGAAAAAUCCAGGCACGACGUCGAAUGUAUGUGCAAACUCUGAACGCGUUUUGAACAAAUCUGCACGUCAGUCUGGUGUUAUAAAAAAUCUUGUGUUUGGUGAUGGAGGGAAUGAGAUGAAUAUGGAGCACACCAACUCUGCCAUAUCCUGCUUGCCUGUUCGUUCCAGGCAGGCUCACGAAGUACGAUUUAGGAAUGAACCAAAUAAUGAUCCCAUACCUGAAAAGAUAACAGAUCACUUAUCUGGAAGAUCCGACCUCAGAUCACCACUCAUUGUUCCUAGAGUUAAUAGUGAGCCUAUUUACAGUGUAGGAUCUGCCAAAGCGCACGCUGCCAAAAUAAGUGCCCCUGAGAAACCUAUUCAGAUUUCUUCACAAGACGAUUUGACGUACAACUCUCAUCCUAACCGAGUUGUUCCUUGCUCCAUUUCCGGAGAUUCUUUAACGUAUAAUUAUCAUCCUUCUUAUAUUGUUCCUUGUUCUGAUACUGGAGUCACUCUAACGCAUGAUUCUCAUCGUAGUGACUCGGAACAUUUUUCGACUUCGUCGUUGUGUUUUGCGAAUAUUUUCCCUGUGAAUGAUGACGCUCUCACCUCUACUGAACCUCUCGUAGCCACUGAAUCUCUCAUCUCUACUGAACCUCUCGUAGCCACUGAAUCUCUCAUCUCUACUGAACCUUUCCUCUCUACUGAACCUUUCCUCUCUACUGAACCUUUCCUCUCUACUGAACCUUUCCUCUCCACUGAACCUCUCGUCUCCACUGAACCUCUCGUCUCCACUGGAUCUGUCGUUUCUACUGAACCUCUCGUCUCCACUGAACCUCUCGUCUCCACUGAACCUCUCGUCUCCACUGAACCUCUCGUCUCUACUGAACCUCUCGUCUCUACUGAAAGUGUCGUCUCUACUGAAUCCAUUACAAGUCAAGCUAGUAUAUCUGGACUCAGAAACGACUGUGCUAGCAAGUUUACUGAUAUUGUCAGCUCCAGCAAAGAUGAUAAUAAUAUUGACAAUAAAGUUUUAGGUCUUGUAAAUACGAUUUCUCGGAGUGCUGAGCCUGAGGGCAUGCUUCAAAGUGGUCUCAAUCACGUCAAUGACUCUUAUGGUUUCAGCAAUGUGAAUUCAAGCGCUUCAAAAGUUACUUCUAGUCAUAUGAAGGAUGAUAAGGCCAACGCUAGUGAUGAACCUAACUUCAUUGAUGAUUCGUUGAAGUCUCCAUACUUUGCUCCUGUUCAAAAUAAAGGCGAUUGUGCGGAUAAGUCAACUUCUCCGUGCAGAGUGAGACAAGUGAUCCUCAAGGCAACGCCCUUUAUGUCGUUCCUAGAAAUUCUUCCGAAUGAUUCACUGCCAAGUACCGCUACAACAGAGACGAUUUCGAAAGAGUUGGCUGCAUCUGUCCAGGAAAAAAGACACGAUAUCGAUAACAAUCUUGUCGUGGAGGAAACGCCCCAGUUUCCUACGGGUUCAAGUGAAGUGACUUCAAGUAUAAAGGAAAAUGACGGUGAAAGUAAUACUAUGUUAAAAUCAAUGCCAGAAUUCGUUGGUCUCGUUAAUCUUCAUCAAGAUCGUCGUGAUUUGGACGCCGAUUUCUCCCAAGACUCGCUCUGGUUGACACAACAAACGCGUUCUUCUUCACGAGUCACUGCCGAAUUUUCCGGUGGUCAAACAUCCUCACUACCCAACGAAGAUAAUAGGACAAUUCCACCCGACAGUCGUGAAACUCACAAAAUUUCUGGCUGUGGCAUGUCAGAGGGUUGGGAUCUAGAGCUGGGGAUUUCAAGGAUUGGGAUCCCAGAGAGUGGGAUCUCUAAGAAAGAGAUCCUCGGGAGUGCGAUCCCAGAAAAUACGUUUCCCGACACUCUGAAGGUUGGCAGUGGAUCGUCUCUAAGUAUGGAGUCAUUAAAUUAUAAACCGUGUGGGGUUCACGAGUCUCCAAAUAAUGCACCAGCUCGGCUAGCUGGAAAAUUGGCAUCUAUUGUUUCAUUUUCGAAUAGAAAUUCGUGUUCAAUUUCAUCACGUUCCCUUACAAAGGCCGCGUUGGGAAAUGACUGCAUUUCUCCGCCUCGAGGCAUCAAUGUGACAACACCUGUUGAAGAGGAUUCGUUAAAUACGGCAGUUGAACUACAUAAAGGCUGGAAACAAACAACCGAUGCUAGUGGUCGACUUCUUUAUGUUAACGAACGCUGCGGCAAUUCGUCGUACGUCCCUCCUAAGAAAGAAGUUGUGCAUUCGGUGCCUGAAAAUGAAACGGGUGCAUCGAACAUAACCGUGAAGGAUGUUCAACUCAUCCCUAUUUCUGGAGAACCUCGUACGGUGACGCAAGAAGGGUUUAAAGGAGUUUUCUACCAUCCUGUUUGUAAGGAUUUCAUGGAGAAUCUGAAUACGCGUGUCACUUUUCGGUCAAAACCACAAAAGCGGUCUUUGCACGACACAGACCUCCAGAUUCCGGUGCUGCAGCGAGGUGCUAGUGAUUUAGGUACUGAAUCUGGUCCUAGUUCUAAAAAAAUUUCCACUGAUGUUGCUGUCACUGCAGCAGCUUCAAGUUUCACAGAAAUUCUUACUGAUUCCAACGCUUCAAAAUGUUCGGAAAAAAAUUCAAACUCUGCGGUAUCCUCAAUUGACACAGCCGAUUUGCAUCCUGAUUCUUCAGUUCGUGAUGGCCGUGAUGCAGCCGAUAAGGCUGGGUGCGUUGAAGGAAUCAAUGUUUUUCCUAAGAAAAACGAAAUUAUUUUGAAUGCGAAUCAAUCAAAGUUAAUAGAAACAUCUAAUCUCCGAAAUGAUGGUUCGAACCGCCGGUCGGGAGAGGCCGAAAUCCGGUCCCUGUGCUCGAGUUCCAAACGUUUUUCGAUGGAUGCUCCGAUACUCCAGCUGCCCUCGGGUCAUCCCGACGAGGCUGCAAGCUUGUGCUCCGCUCAUCGGCCGUGCCGCUUCACUAAAGCCAUGUUUGACAAAUGUGUGGUGCUGGGCCAAUUGGAUCGAAAAUUCAUCUUGUGUACCUUGGAAACUCCUGCUAGUGAAUCUGAAUCAAAAUCUGACGCCCCAGUUGAAGUCUCAGCACGACCUGGAAUGCCUGUUGAAACUGCAGGCAAUGUUGACAAUUCAUUGAUGUCGGGCCCAGCUCUGAACGCCGUACAACAUUCAACCGAUGGUUUAACUACCGCAGAACGUUUCAUGCCUGCUGAGACGAGAUCAACUGAGUUAAUAACGGGUUCAACGCGGGGCAAGAAGAAUUCAGUUAUUUAUAAUUCUAGUUGUUCAGUUAUUCCCAGCAGUUCUUCAUCUAAAGACGGAGUAUCGACAUCUUGCCAGGGCGCAAAUGCUUCGCCUGAUGACCGUGACGCCUGCCGUGCAGAGUUGAAGUGUCUCAGUCAGUCGUCCAAGAACUGUUCUGGAAAUUCAAGUAGUGACAUUGAAAUUAAUGAGAAUAAAGUUACAGUAGAAUGCCCUCGUCAAGCCUCCAUGCUGCUGGUUGCUUUUGACCAGCACGCUGUGCAUGAGCGAAUCCGGUUAGAGGCUUUGCUUGCUGAUAAUUUGUGCUGGAAAAAAGUAGCUGUUGCUUCAUUUGCGAGUGAAAGUUCUAGCGAAGUAUGCUUACCGGCUGAACUUGAAUUAGUUACCUGUGCAAAGACGAAAAAUAUCUUGAAUUCAGAAACAAAUUUUGCUUGUGUAGAAACUACCGACAUAAUAUCAAGUUUACAUGAACCUCCAGCUAAUAAAACUGAUUCAUCUCAAAUCGAUAAUGAACUCCCUUCAGCUUCAUGCAAUUCACGGAUUUUUUCGGAAUCCAGUGCUGAAACCAAAAGUGAAAUGACGAAUUAUGGAGAAAGUACAGUUGCUCCAGCAACGUAUUUCCGAUAUGUGCAGCUUGUGAAAAUGGCGCGGAUUUCACCUCCAGUUUGUGUUGAUUUUUCCCCUUCCGACGUGCGGAUCAUGGAGGCGUAUAGGGAAAAACUGCGCCGCUCUGGAUUUGAAUUCAAAGUGAUCCCAGGAGGAGGGGUUCGGUUCACGGGGGUGCCCGCGUGUCUGCUGCCUCGUACGUUAGUAACCCACGCUCUCGCCGCGGGGGGCGUUGAGCCCAGCGGUGCUCAACUCGACUCCGGCACCCAGGACGGGAAAAUGGACGUGAAAACGCAAAAAUUAACAUCAAAAGAUCCGGCAAUGGAUGCAAACUUGGGUAAAAAGCACUUAAUUAAAAAGAAAAUUGAAUUUACUAAGCAGGAUAUCAAAAAUUCAGCGAUGCAGCUUGAGAUUUGCAAUCUGAAAUCUAAAGAUUGUGACCAGUCAUCAAAAGAGUUAACGAAAGAUGCACAGCACGCUCACCUGGACUCGGAACAACCUCUCUUGGAUAAAAAAAUCAGCUGGACACGUGCAGGCACUCUGGACGCUUCUGGACAACCAGAAAUUUCUCUGGACGGCGUUGGGCUCCCUGAGUUCGCUCUGGACGGCAUAGAGUCGCUGCCUGCAGACUACUGGACCAAGUGGAAGGGGUACCGCCUCUCCAUCCUACGAGGUAUCGUACGUCACAUGGUCGACGAGCUGCGCAGUUGUCGUACCGCCGCGACGCUGCCGCCGCCGCUGCUGCGCGUCCUACACACGCACGCCUGCCGCGGGGCGAUCAAGUUCGGCGAGCGCCUUCGUCGCCCGCAGUGCCGGGCGCUGCUGGGGGCGCUGGGGCGCUGCGCCCUGCCCUUCCAGUGCGCCCACGGGCGGCCCUCCGUGGCGCCCUUGCUGGACGUCGCGCCCGUUGCUGUCCCGUCUCAGGCGGUGGACGUGGCCAAGCUGCGGCGCAUGAUGGCGGACGACGAGUAACUAUAAUGCGCGGAUGAAAAAUUUACAUUUUCUUAAAAAUUACGUAUAAAAAACUUUCUAUUUCCAUUAAAGAACAAUGAUUUUUUAAUCAUAAGGAAGCACCCCGUAGGAACUCUCAAACAUGGCUGAAGAAUUAGUAUUUUUUUUUGUAACAUAUAAAAAACUUUUUAACUUCUUAAAGGUCUAAAUGAUUAUUUUUGAUCAAAUAAGUUCGGUUUGUAUAAAGGGUCUAAAAAUCACCUCGCUUUGCGGACGCUCUUUACGCUGUUUCAUGUUCCGUUUUUAGUGUAAAGGAAAAGAUCCAUGAUAUUUGAGCCAUAAUGUAUAAUAAAUCAGUUAGAUA